UUUUGUUUUCGUAAUUAAUUAUGAGGCAGAAGCAGAAGGAUCCGACGCGCGGAUAAAGGUAGAAGACGAACUCACGAAGCUGAUGAAAGCUCAGCCCUAAACGCUGUAGCAAAAGCAGAGCCCGAUGUCUCGUCGGGAGCGUCGCGAUUCCGAUUCCAGGAGACGCCAUUCUAGGUUCGAUCGAGAACCUAGCCCCAGGAGAACCAAAAGGAAUGAAAGACAAGAAAGGGAAAGAGACAGAAGGGAAAGAGACAAAGUAAUUAGUAGCGUCAAUCAUGAAAAUGGAAUUGGAAACCUCACUGACCGAGAUCAGAAACACCGCCACGAGCUACAUGUUGCCUUACCUCCAGAGGCCCCUUCAGCUCGUGAUCCUAAGCAAGAAGCGCGGGCUGGGAACAAAGAUACUGACAAGAAACCAAAAGUUUACAAUGGGGCACCUAAACGUCCAUCUAAUCCUACUGAAGUCCCAAGAUCUUCCUCCUAUUUUCAGCAUGAUGAACGCAGCAGUACUGGGCAUGUCAGACGAGGCUCUGGUCGAAUGGCAACUGGUGAACGUGGAUGGUGGAAGGACUUGAGGGAGCAGCUAAUUGAAAAGGAGACAAGCCACAGAAGAGAGCAAAGAGAUGAGAAAUCACGAGCCAAACCGGAUGAUCAUACUUCCCUGAGAAAAGAUGCUCUUUCUGAAAGGAUAUAUGAUCCACCCCCAACUACAAAGAAGAGGCCUGCAUUUAGGGAGAGGAAGAUUCCGGCUGAUCAUGAACAUGCAAAACCAGUAGCUACGGAGACAGCUAAGUCAAACCAAACUGAUCACCCUCUGGAAAGGAACGAAAGGAGGGAAGAAAAACGCUACAAUCCUCGCCAUUUGGAUAGACCCGAUAAGCAGCAAUAUGCAGGAGACAGAGCACCGAACAAGAAUGAAGCUAGGAGAGAUGUAUUUUUAUCUAGAGGAAGGUACAAUGGCAAUUACGGAGGAAGAGAUAGAUUUCAUGGGAGAGAAGACUUUCAUUUCAGUAAAACUGGUGUUGACAAGUGGAAGCAUGAUUUGUAUCAAGAGGCUAGCAAGGAUCCUGUUCCCAAGAAUGAGGAUGACCAGAUUGCGAAGCUGGAAGCGCUUUUGGCUUCAUAAGCAUCAAACAACUUUUAAGCAUUCGCUAUUCUCAUUAGUGCCGUCACAGAGAUCAUUAAGUAAUUUUUGGUUCGUUCGGGACAAUUUCCAGAGAUGAAUACUUCACCCACCUGGUUCUAGAUUUAUAAGUCUGUAAAUUGUGUCUGCACGCUCUGCACUUGUUUGAGACGGUGAAUCUCCCUAAAAUGAUGUGUUAAGUUUGGCUUUAGCUAAUAUUGGAGUUUAAAUCUUUUUAUUU